AUGAGUACACCUACAAGAGUACUUGUUACUGGCGGCGCUGGCUUUGUUGGAAGUCAUCUCGUUGCUAGACUUAUGGAACAAGGCUGCCAAGUUACUGUUCUUGAUAAUCUCUUCACAGGAAGACUUGAAAAUAUCAAGCAAUUCUUGGAUAACCCAAGAUUCAAAUUUAUCCAAGCAGAUGUUAUUGAUCCAAUCGACAUUCCAGUUGAUAAAAUCUUCCAUCUUGCUUGCCCAGCUUCUCCACCAGCUUACAUGAAAGAUCCAGUUCACACGUUAGAAACCUGCGUCACAGGAACACAUAACAUGCUUAAGCUUGCACAGAAGUACAAUGCUCGUAUGUUAUACACUUCAACUUCUGAAGUUUAUGGAGAUCCGCUUGAGCACCCUCAGAGUGAAAAGUAUUGGGGCCACGUUAAUUGCCGUGGCAUCCGCUCAUGCUACGAUGAAGGAAAGCGUGCAGCUGAAACACUUUGCUUCGAAUACGGACGCAAAGGUGUUUGGAUUCGCACAGCAAGACUUUUCAAUACUUACGGUCCAAAUAUGGAUCCUAAGGAUGGCCGUGUCGUUUCUAACUUCAUAAUGCAAGCUCUCCAAGGCCAAGAUUUGACAAUCUACGGAACUGGCGAUCAAACACGUAGUUUCACAUACGUAUCCGAUACAGUUGCUGGACUCCUCGCUUUAAUUGAUUCAAACAUCAAAGGAGCCUGCAACAUCGGAAAUCCACACGAAUUUACAAUCAAACAAUUUGCUGAACUCGUCCAACAACGUGUUAACCAGAAUGUUAAGAUUAUCUACAUGGAAAAGGCAGCAGAUGAUCCAAGACAGAGAAAACCAGAUAUUACUAAGGCCAUGCGUAAGCUUGGUUGGGAACCAAAGGUUAUGCUUGAACAAGGCCUUGAUCCAACAAUUGCAUAUUUCAGAACCUAUGUAGAUAAGAAAUAA